CAAGCCACAGCUCUGGCCAAGACAACCAGCUCGGACUCCAUAGCUCAGUUUAUCAGACGCUGCGCAUCCUGUCUCGAGACUCGAGGCUGUGCGCCGGCCGGAGGAGCAGCGAACUGAGCUGAGGAGACACUGAACCCGUCGAGAUCGAGAUGAAGAGCCGGAGGCAGAGCAGCGGGGGCAGCUCGGCUGGCGCCACGGCCGCGGGGGAGGGGAACACGCACAGCAGCGGCGGCGGCGGGGGGUGCAAGCUGGAGAGGAAGGACGUGGAGAAGAACCGGCGGCUGCACAUGAAGGGCCUCUGCCUCAAGCUCUCCUCCCUCAUCCCGCCCGCCGCCAGGCACGCCUCCCUGCUCUCGGAGGCGGCCGCAUCGGCGUCCAAUCCCAACAAGGACACGGUGACGCAGCUGGAUCAGCUGGACAGCGCGGCGGCGUACAUCAAGCAGCUCAAGGAGCGGAUCGAGGCGCUGAAGCGUAGGAAGGAGGGCCGCGGCGGCGGCAAAGGGGGCGCCGGCGCUGCCGCCGCGCCUGUGGGGGGCGGUGCCGGCGGCGUGCGGAUGCCGGUGAUCGAGGUGCGGUACCAGGACGGGACGCUGGACGUGGUGCUCAUCAGCGAGGCCGAGCGGCCGUUCAAGCUGCACGAGGUGAUCACGGUGCUGGAGCAGGAGGGCGCCGAGGUCGUCAGCGCCAGCUUCUCCGUCGUCGGGGACAAAAUCUUCUACACCGUCCACUCGCAGGCGCUCAGCCCGCGGAUCGGGCUCGACGCCGCCAGGGUCUCCGAGAGGCUGCAGGACCUGCUGCUCCUCGUCUGAUGAUGAAUGACCUCAGGAUCAGCGACAGUACUAAGGAAGACUGUAUUAGAGUAGUAGGCGAGGUCAGGACGGACGGAGUGCGAGGUAGCAGAGGGAACCAUAAACCGGCUGAUCCAUGGAAAGGGAAGCUUGGUUUCUUUGCAGUUGUGCAUAUGUAGGAGCAAGCAAGCAGACUGCUUUUUGUUUUUUGGUUUUUUCAGCUCUUAGAAACGGCCGGUGCUCUACUACAGUGCAUGCAGCAUGCAUCUUGGCUCUGUUCUGGGGCUGUUUCAGGCUUUCAGCUUCCUGGACUACUGAUACUUACCAUGGAAUUGGAUGCCCUGCAUGUUGCAGCAUUUUCUGGAGCUAAUGUAAUGUAACACAAGCUUGAGCUCGUUUGGGCCCGUGACCGUGCUGCCGAACUAGACGAGUUCAGAUGUUUGAAAUCAUGAGUGCAUAUCAUGUGAGACGAUUCUGAUGAAGAAA